AUGGCCACUGCAGGGAGUCCAACUGAACCGCAGGAUGGUUCCACUUGCCGAGGCGGUGAUAGUGGUUGUCCUGAUGCAUCUGGACACGCUGCUAACAGUUGCGAAGAUGGUAGUAGUGGUAGUGGUUGUCCUGCUGGUGCUGGUGGUGUUGAAGCUUCUGGUGGUGGUGAUUGUUCUCAUGGUUCUACGUGUAAUAGUAACUCCAGUAUACGUAACUCUGCUCGUGAGGAUUGUGUGGAACCUUCUGGGCCGGAUAGUUGCCCUACCGAUGUUGAUGAGACUCAAGAGAAUUGCCCUUCUGGUGGGUCUGGUUGUAAAAACAAAUCACAAGAAGAGAAUCAUGCUAGCUUAAAUGAAAAUAGUGGAAUUAAUGGUGGCGGUCGUCAAGGUCACGAUGGUCAAAGCCGUCCUCUAACUGACCAGGGUUCACAUACUGAAGGACGACAAGAGGAUCGUGCCAACGUAACUGUUGAUGUUCUUCCUCCUGGUGAACCAGAAACUCGGGAAACUCAAAGUGUAAACGGUUCACAAGGUGGUGCUUCUUCUCCCGCAGGGGGUACUGGCGGUGCUCCUACCGCUGCCGGUCAAACUGAAAGCAGUGUGGUCAGUGCAACCGAAGAAGGUGGAUCUAAACAGGGAAGUGAAACAGCACAACCUUCUUCUUCUUAUUCCAACAAUUCGGCCACAGGGAGUGAUGUUGGUUCUGAUGCUGUAACACCUGAGAAUGGCACUUCAUCUGCAGAGAGUGAGUCACCAAGUAACCGAAAUGAUGGAGGA